AUCAAAUGACAAACUGGUAUUACAGUCUUGCUUCGACAAAUUAAAAAGUUGUAAUCAAGUUAGCAUAGUCGCAGAUAUGCUUGGGGUGAAUAUCUCGAAUAUGAUCCAGGCCAGCGAGAAACUGUGUGAAGACGAAGACGAUAUACUUGAUGGCAUGCCGUGUUUAAUACAAAAUACUAGAGUAACAAAUACAUCAUCGGGAUUUCAGCAGCUCCUCGAGAAAGGGACUAACUUAUUUAUGCAGCAGGCACAAAAUAUAAUUACAAGAGAAGAAUACAACAGGAAAUAUUGUCCACUUUUGGCAGAGGGAAUUGAAAAACUGGCCGACUUUAGGUGUCCAGAAAAGUUUACUAAAAUAAUGCAAAACUACGGGUAUAAUAUAAUGUCUCACACAUGCAGAUCAAUCAACAGUAUUUCUUCAUCUGUUACUAUUUCUCCACUUAUACCAUCGAUCAAUGGUUGUAUGGGGAAUGCUCUCCAUGAAUAUCGGAAUUGUCUGUCGAAAUUAAAUCCGAAUCUCACCUUGCAUAAACUCUCGCCAAGAGGACAAAUGGAUUUCAUGUGCAGGAUCGGAAAAUCAAAACACAAAGAGUUACUCACUUCUUGCUUUCACCAUUUUAAAAACUGUGAACAAUUUAGCACGACCAUGGGUAUUCUUGGAUUUGAAAUCUCACGUUGGAUGGAGGGCUUCGAGAGGCUGUGUCAAUACGAAGACGUUAUACUUGAGAAUAUGCCAUGUUUCUUAGAAAAUAUGAUGAAUCUAUUAAACAAUAGACCAACGAAUGAAUUAAAGGAAUUUCAGUUGCUCUUCGAGAAAGGGAGACACUUAUUCAUGCAGCAGGGACUAUAUAAAAUUUCAAGAGAAGAGUACUUCAAGAAAUAUUGUCCAAUUUUGAAAAAUGGAAUUGAAAAACUGACCGACUUUAAGUGUCCAGAAAAGUUUAUUAAAAUAAUGCAGAACAACACCUAUUAUAUCAUGUCUGACAAAUGUAGAUCUAUCAACAAUAUUGGUUCAGUUGAUAGUAUUUUCCAGUGGAUAUCAUUGGGUGACGGUUGUAUGGAGAAGGCUAUCGGUGAAUUUCAGAAAUGUAUAUCGAAAUUAAAUUUGAACUCAUUGAACGGUAAUCGUAUCCCAAGAAGUCAGACGGAAUUGAUGUGCAAGGAUGGAUCAAAGCCCAAUGAGCUACUCUAUUCUUGCUACGAUGAUUUAAAAAAAUGUGAUCAAGUUAGGACGACCUUAAAUAUAUUGGGGAUAAAUAUCUUCCGUUUGAAAGAGGCCAACGAGAAACUGUGUAAAAACGGAGAAGCUGUAUUUGAUGGUAUGCCAUGUUUCAUACAAAAGAUAACGACUGCAGUAUUCAAUAGCUCAAUGAAUGGAUUAAAGAAAUUUCAGCGGCUCUUCGAGAAAGGAAAAGACUUAUUUAUGCAGCAGAGAUAUUAUAAAAUUACAAGAGAAGAAUACUACAAGAAAUAUUGUCCACUUUUGAAAGAAGGAAUUGAAAACAUGGCCGACUUUAAGUGUCCAGAGAAGAUUACGAAAUUAUUUCAAGUCCACAACUAUGAUAUAAUGUCCGACAAAUGUAGAUCAAUCAACAUUAAAGAUUCAUCCGGUAUAAAACCACUUCCAAAUAUCUCCUUCAUUUCCCUGUUGUUUCUAAUCUUACUUUUUGCUAACUAGCUAAAGAAAUCUCAAUGACUUAUUCAACGAUUAAUCCCAUUAUUAUUAUUAUUAUUAUUAUUAUUUUCAUUAUUAAAAUAACAGUCAUGUACUGAUGUCGAUAAAUUGCCUGUUAACUUUUAAUAGACUUUGCAUAACAUGUCAGACAUGAUAUUUCCGAAGAUCCUUAACAUACUAAUCAAUUAUUAGAUCCAUAUAAUCACCUACAAUACUCUUUAUUCUUACCCAGCCCACCUCAAAAGAGAUCCUGAUUUGUUAUAAGAAAAUAAAUGUCAGAAAUAU